CAGGUCUCGGGCCACCAGGCACGACAGUGGGCCCCGAGUCAACUGGCAGGACCGCGGGCACUGGGUCAGACAUUGGAUCAUCUGGCUGGACAGCGGGCAUCGGGUCACCAGGCAUCAGCAGGCACCGGGUCAUCUGGCGCUGGAUCGUCUGGCUCGACAGCGGGCAUCGGAUCACCAGGCAUGACAGCGGGCACUGGGUCAUCAGGCAUUGGACUGUCUGGCUCGACAGCGGGCAUCGGGUCACCAGGUAUGACAGCGGGCACUGGGUCACCAGGCAUCAGGUCAUUUGGCUCGCCAGCGGGCACCGCGUCACCUGGCAAGGCAGUGGGCACCGAGUCACCUGGCCUAAUAGGAUCAUCAGGCUGGAUC